AAACGUCCUCUGUACUCGGGGUCUUCCAUACAUACCUUGACCCAAUCCGUCAGCAGCAUGCACGGCCAAGGGAUGAUCUUCACCUUGACAUUCUUCUUCUUUCUCUUUGUCAACGCACCAGGCGGCGCAGUUGAUGCGGUAGACGAUGACUUCAUGAUGUGGGAUCACCGCCGUUGCCAGCCGAGGCCCUGCCAGAUGUUCUUCAUGAACCGCUUUGACGCUGAAGCCAAAGACGAGCAAUCUGGUCCUGCGAGGAUCAGCCCGUUCUGUUCCAUUCUGCAGACCACAGCUACGCAGUUGACCAGAUUGGAGCGCCCUUCUCCUCCACGUGAAAGAAGAGGAUCUCGUGAUGGCUCAUUUGCCAUCCAAUCUCCAGAUGCACACUGGUUGGUGCCGUGCUGCUCACUGCGCUACUUCCGCUGCUCAGGUGGCCUCCAUCUCGAUGUACCUGGUAGCACACACACCAACCAACACCAAAGAGGUGGGCAUCAGGCAUUGAAGGGGCACGUGCCGCCAAAGAUCAAGAUCCAAGGGCCACCCUUUUAGCCAAAUGGCUUCAAAAGUAUACCCCUUUCAAAAUUGCGCUCGUUUUGGAAAAAUGCCUCGUUU